CCCAGGCUAGGAAGGGGGAGCUAAAGCCUCUGCUGCAUUGAGCUGUUUGGAUACAUCGGCUGCAGCAGUGGUCACGCAUCCCUCCGCAGCCUGCUGAUUUUGCAAAAGAAGAGGCAAAGGAUCAUUUGGCAAUCCAGAUGCUGUCAAACACAAGCAAUCAAUGGAAGGAAUGGCAGACAAUGAGCAGACAAGCAUGUGGAAGCAGCUUACGAAGAAAUAGUUAAUGCCGAGCUUUGUCCCGGCUGAUGCUGUAAUCAAGGAGGUGCACAAGAAAUUGUGAGGGAACAGAGCCAGGACAGCUGAGACAAAGGGGCUGAAGGGAUGUUCCAGACCAUAGAACAUCAGGCUGACUAUAUAGAGGUAUUGGGAGGUAUUGGCCAUGAGGGAUGGAUCUCUGCUCAGGGAUGGGCUGGGCACUGGUCAGCGGAUGAACUCCUGAGCUGAUGUUAAGAAGUAUCUUCUAGCAGGUGUGAUGGAGAAGAUAUGUUAGACUUUGGGCCUCACUAAUACCCUUCCAACUGUGCCUGCUUCCAAAAAAAACGAAAGACAAAGCAGGAAUAGCAGCUUGCAGAAUCCUGCUCUUCCAGAAUCCCACUUCUUUUCAAGAAGAUCAACGUAAAUCAAUUGCACAAGGAUAUAGCUGGAAUUCAGGCUAUGUUAAAGAAACUGAACAGAUCUCUUUGCUUUCUGAGAUCUGUCCUGUUGCAUCUGUUCUUGUUUAUACGAGAAUGAACUUCUGUGAAAAAUUUAGCAAGUGGCUUUAAAAGAAAACUGGAGAAGUAGCAGAUGGUGAUGCACAAAGACAUCUUGGGUAGAAAAGGCAUGGAGUAAAUACUGAGUUGACUUUCAUAUGCUUGGGCUUUCUGGUGUCCGCUGAAGAGAUGAUAAGCAAAAAGGAUUAAAAAACAACUUUCUAAUUUAUAAAUCCAAUAUCUGCUUCAUGUUCCUAUCAAGAAGAUAUCAAAGAAAAAGAGACAAUGGAGAUCAAGGAUAAGAACAGGCUGGCCCGGGUGACCGUCCUCCAUGACUGCCUGGGCUGCAGGACCUUCGAGCUGCCGCCGUCCGCGGCCGUGCGGGACGUGAAGAGGCGGAUCGAGGCGGAGGCCGGGCCGCCCCCCGGCGAGCAGCGCCUGUGGCACCGCGGCAGAGAGUUAUCUGAUGGUAUCAAGAUUGUGGAUCUUCAGAAGUCUCAAAAUCAAGUUUUUCUAGAGCUUCAGUCAAAAGGGUUGAAAGGAGGAGGUCGUUUUGGGCAAACAACUCCACCACUUGUUGAUUUUCUAAAGGAUAUAUUAAGAAGAUAUCCAGAGGGAGGACAGAUUCUUAAGGAAUUGAUACAGAAUGCCGAAGAUGCUGGUGCCACGGAGGUUAGGUUUCUAUAUGAUGAAACUCAGUAUGGAACAGAAACAUUAUGGUCAAAGGACAUGGCUCAAUAUCAGGGGCCAGCAUUUUAUGCAUACAAUGAUGCAAUUUUCACCCCUGAGGACUGGCAUGGUAUACAGGAAAUAGCAAGAAGCAGGAAGAAGGAUGAUCCCCUGAAAGUUGGAAGAUUUGGAAUUGGCUUUAAUUCAGUUUAUCAUAUAACAGAUGUCCCUAGCAUCUUCAGUGGUGACCAGAUUGGAAUGCUUGAUCCCCAUCAAACCCUCUUUGGACCUCAUGAGUCGGGCCAGUGUUGGAAUCUAAAAGAAGAUAGCAAGGAAAUAAAUGAACUUACAGACCAGUUUGCACCUUUCAUUGGUGUAUUUGGCAGCACUAAAGAAACCUUUAAGAACGGAAACUUUCCUGGUACAUUUUUUCGUUUCCCGCUUCGUCUGCAGCCUUCCCAACUGAGCAGCAAUGUUUACGACAAACAGAAGGUUUUGGAGCUGUUUGAAUCCUUCAGAGCAGAUGCAGACACAGUAUUGCUUUUCCUGAAGAGUGUUCAGGAUGUUUCAUUGCACGUUCGGGAAGCUGAUGGAACAGAGAGACUGGUUUUUAGAGUAACUGCCAGUGAGAACAAGGCCUUGAAACACGAAAGACCCAAUUCCAUCAAAAUCCUGGGAACUGCAAUAAAUCAGUAUUGUAAGGGAGUUCCAAGCAAUAGCAUAACAUGUGUGACAUACCAUGUAAAUAUAGUUGUAGAAGAUGAGAGUGUUAAGGACGCACAGAAAACAUCUUGGUUAGUGUGUAAUUGUGUGGGUGGUCGAGGAAUGUGUACAGAACUCGAUUGUUUAGCUGAUGACUUGAAAUUUGUUCCUACUAUUGGAAUAGCCAUGUCUUUAGCAACUAACGAGGAGGAAAAUGGAGCUGUAGCAGACUUUUCAGGAAGAGCAUUUUGUUUUCUGCCUUUGCCUCCAGGUGAGGAAAGCAAAACUGGACUUCCAGUUCAUGUUAGUGGUUUCUUUGGUCUCACAGACAACAGGAGGAGUAUCAAAUGGCGAGAGCUGGAUCAGUGGAGAGAUCCAGCAGCUUUGUGGAAUGAUCUUCUUGUGGUAAAUAUAGUGCCUAAGGCAUAUACCACCCUUAUUUUGGAAGCUAUCAAACGAAUGGAGACUGAGAAGAAUUCAGAUUUUCCAUUGUCACCUGAAAGAAUUUAUAGGUUAUGGCCUGAUGAGAACAAAAUCAGGGUACCCUGGAAACCAAUUGUAGUACCUCUCUUUAAAGACCUGCUCCAGCAUGCAGUUAUUUACUCAGUGAGUAAUCAGUGGAUAAACGUGGAGCAGGUGCACUUUUCUGAAAUGGAUGAGAGUUUGGAGUACACACAGUCUGUUCUCAACUACCUCCAGAAUUCAGGGAAGCAGAUUGCCAAGGUACCAGCAAAUAUUGCUAGUGCAGUGCAUCUUACUAUUUCUGCUGCUAAAGCUGUGAAAAAAGUGACUCCUGCUGUAGUGCGGCAAGUGCUAAGGAAAUCUGGACACAAUGGCCCUACUGAAGAAAAGCUUCAUCUUUUAGAAUUUGUGCUUUCUGAUGGAGUCUACAGUGAACUGAUUGGAUUGGAGCUUUUGCCUUUACAGAAUGGGAAUUUUAUUCCUUUUUCCUCAUCUGUGUCAGAACAGGAUGUAGUUUACAUAACCUCAGAAGAAUAUCCCAGAUCACUCUUUCCUGGCCUUGAGGGAAGGUUACUCUCUGAUAACCUGAAGCCUGAGGUCCUUGCUGCUUUGAAAGAAGCUGCCAAAAGCCGAGGGAGGCCAUGCACUCAGCUGCAGCUCCUGAACCCAGAAAGGUUUGCCCGGCUCAUUAAAGAAGUUAUGAACAGUGUGUGGCCUGGGAGAGAUGUGGUUGUACAGUGGUAUCCAGGCUUGGAAGAAAAAAAGCACCCAUCAGUUUCCUGGCUGAAGAUGGUCUGGAAGAAUCUAUAUAUACAUUUUUCUGAUGACUUGAGUGUGUUUGAUGAAAUGCCUCUUAUCCCCAAGACGCUGCUGGAGGAAAAUCAAACAUCAGUGGAACUGGUUAGAUUUAGGAAUCCAUCACCCAUCAUUCUGGAAGAUGAAUCUGAGACUCAGCUCCCAGAAUAUUUAUCUGAUAUUAUUCAGAGAAUUGGUGGAGUUGUACUUAAGAAACUGGAUAUUUCUAUCCAACAUCCACUUAUAAAAAAAUAUGUGCAUCCACCAUUGCCAAGUGCUGUUUUACAAAUAAUGGAAAAAAUGUCCUUACAGAAACUAUGCAAUCAGGUUGCAUCAUUCCCGCCAACACAUAAAGAUGCUCUUAGGGCAUUCUUAGCUAGUUUAACAGAUGCAAAUGAAAAAGAGAAGAGAAUUAUUCAGGAAUUGCAAAUAUUUAAAAAAAUUGAAAAAUCAUCUGAUGAAAAUGUCCCUGUUUUUACUGGGCUGAAGGGUAGUAAGGUAUUACACCACACUGCCAAAAUUCCUCCUGGUCUAAGGUUUUCUGUUCCAAUAAUUGACAGCAGUGAUGAAGCAACUAUUCGCUUAGCUAAUCUGCUGAAAAUAGAACAGCUGAAGAGCACAGACUGCUUGAAGUUUGUUAUAGAAGACAUAAGAAGUGAUUUUUAUUCAUAUGAUGAAACAGCACAGAUAAUGCAAUGGGUUCUUGAAAAUCUGACUUUUCUGAAAAAUGAGAAUACAGAUGUGAUAGAUUGGCUGACACCACUAAAGUUUAUUCAGAUCUCACCGGAAAAGAUAAUGUCAGCAAAUGAACUCUUUGAUCCUGAGGUAGAACUUCUGCAACAUUUGUUUUAUGCUGAGGAGGAAAGUUGCUUCCCCCCCUGUUAUUUUUACAUCCUCAGAUAUUCUUCAUUCACUGAGACAAAUAGGCUUAAAAGUGAAGCCAAUCUUGAGGAAAAUGAUAUCUUGAGAGUGGCAAAAAAAAUUGAAGUUUGCAUGCUGACUCUAACACCAAUCAUGUUUUGCUGUUAA